AUGGGCGAAUCUAUUGCUUUCAAGUAUAAUCCACAGCUUUUCAGUGGUCCACAGGGAACUUGCGGAUUUAGCGAAAUGUUCCAUAAUGGGAGAAAUUCUAUGCCAUUUUACCAAGAUCUGUCCCAAGGAUUGUCGUAUUACCCUGGCAAGUCGAACAAUCACUACUUUAAAUCCGAUGAGAACCUCCACUUUAAAGCUCAAACAGAUGGCACUUGGGAUAAUGAAUCGAACAAAGUAUAUGCUAAUUUGAAUUCAAAUCAAGAUGAGCAAUGCCACGUAUCCAUUAGCUAUGACAUGGACACUCAAAUAAAAUCAUCAUUACCUCCAGCAUCAGCAAUGUCCAAAAUUAAUUACUCUCCUGAAUGUUUACCAGGGGCUUCGAAGGGACCUACUACGAAUUCGACAGAGGGCACUCCGGGAGAUUUUCAUCAACCCACACCUCCACUUCCGAAAGAGGGACAGGUGCCAUUGCAAAGAAGUCCUCCUAUGAAUAUGGGUGGAAAUCCUCCUCAAGAUGUACACUAUCAAAAUCCUUACCAACAAACUGGCAAUGAAUUUGAAAUCAACUGCACCAGUUAUCCACGCAAUAAUUGCAUACAAGGUGUUCCGAUGAACGAAUACUCUCAUUAUGAAUACUCGAGGCCACCCCAUCUUCCCAUGCAAGCACCUACAGUUUAUAAUCCUGUGGCUUACGGACCGGAGUCGUUUAAUCCACCAAUGCCUAAUCAAGAGUAUUCAUACGCUCCUCCUCCGCAAAAUUACGUGCAUGGACAUCCUGGUUCCAUCGUCACAAUGCCUCAAUACCAGGGCUACAUCCCUCAUAGUGUCAAUGCAAUUGAUAACUACACUACUCCAUCAUAUGGCGAAAUGGUUUCACAAAAUCUACCCCCUCCAAGAAUUCACCAACAAAUUGAUGGCCCAAGACGUAAGAAUGCUUCUAGAAAAGCGACAGCAACAUUGAAAGAGUGGCUAAACGAGCAUAAAAGUAACCCAUACCCAACUAAAACUGAAAAGUCCACACUUGCAUCAACUACUGGCAUGAGCUCCAGUCAGAUAUCAACAUGGUUUGCAAAUGCUCGCCGAAGACUGAAGAAGGAGAAUAAGAUGACCUGGGCCCCACGGACAACCAACACCGCCGAUUCUCGUCCGAGAGUAGCAGACAUGGUAGGGGGAGAUGACUUGGAACGACCUCAUUCUCCCUUGACAAAUGCAGAAGGAGUUGAACCUCUUGUCCGACACUACCCCUUUCUGUACCCUGAAUAUCCUCAUCCGCAUCCUUCUCAGCCAUCAGUGCCUUUUCCACCAGGCUAG